UUAUCUAACUUUCAUGUUCCACUCGUGUUCCCAUAGGAAACACAGGAACAGUAUAGAGUCAGAGUCAGAACAAUUAGUUCUUUUCCGUCAGCCAUGGAAGCACUGAACUGGACCCAUGUGCAGAAAUGUUGGAGCAGCCCCAGAUUCUACACACACACACACACACACAGUCUGAAAACUCCACAUCUGACUGAAGCACAGACUCCGGCUGCAGCUGAAUGAGGAAACUUUAGCAGCUUCUGUCUCGGUCAGGAAUGGAAAUGUUGCAGCGUAGAAACCUGAGGUUUUCUCCUCUGCUGCUGCUGGUUCUGGUUCUGGUUCUGGUUUACGAGGCCACGGGUCAGAGAAGAACGACACAAGGACACAACAUCAACUACAGGCUGCAUGAAGAUGGAGAUGAUGAUGGAGGAGAAGAAGCUCAGGCGUGUUCUCUGGAGGUGGCCUUCAUCCUCGACAGCUCUGAGAGCGCCAAGAUCUUCCUGUUUGAGAAGCAGAAGGCCUUCGUGUUGGGCUUCAGCACGAGGCUGGCCACGCUGCACAUGGCCGGCUGGAGGCUGAGGGUGCGGAUGGCCGCGCUUCAGUACAGCAGCACCGUGUCUGUCGAGCAGCGCUUCUCCGCCUGGAGGGACCUGGACUCGUUCCACGGCCGCGUCAGCACCAUGAGCUACAUCGGCCACGGCACCUACACCAGCUACGCCGUCACCAACGCCUCGCAGCUGCUGGUGGAGGAGACGGCGGCUGACAGCGUAAGGGUCGCGGUUCUGAUGACGGACGGCGUGGAUCACCCACGCAGCCCCGACGUGGUCGCGGCUGCGGCGGAGGGCAAAGAUCACGGCGUCCGGUUCUUCGCCGUGGGUUUAUCGGACAUCGCGCAGCAGAGUCAGAACAACGCCAAACUGCGAGCCGUCGCCAGCACGCCGACUCAGCAGUUUCUCCAGAGUCUGCUCGAUCAUCAGCUGGAGGACAAGCUGCUCAAAGAGAUGACUGCUGUUGCACUCGAGGGGUGUCAACAACCCCAAACGUGUCUGUGUGAAAGAGGAGAGACAGGCCAGCCUGGAAUUCCAGGUAGAAAAGGAGACACAGGGUUCAGAGGACCACCUGGUCUGAAAGGAGCAAGGGGAGAGCCUGGAUUAAAUGGUCGGCCUGGAAUUGAUGGUCCAGAGGGUCGUCCAGGUUACAAAGGCAACAAGGGAGACAGAGGAGACUGUGGAACUCCAGGAGACAAAGGAGACGCCGGAUUUGAGGGACCUCCAGGCUCACGAGGUUCAAAAGGAGAAAAGGGUUCACUUGGACCACCAGGGGACGCCGGUCCUGACGGACUUGCAGGACCUAAAGGAGACAAAGGACACAGUGGAGUUCCUGGACCACCGGGAGAAUUUGGGAUUGGAUUUCCAGGAUCCAAGGGUGAAAAGGGUCUUCAGGGAAGACAAGGACCUUUAGGUCCUGUGGGCAGAGGAGAACCAGGACUACCAGGACCUCCAGGACCUACUGGAGCUCAGGGAAACCCUGGACCACCUGGAGAGGGACUCCCUGGACCAAAGGGCGAUCGAGGAUACGAAGGUCCGAGGGGCAAUCGUGGUCUCUCCGGUGUUGGGGUCAAAGGUGAUAAGGGCAGUUUUGGACCCCCUGGAGUUCCAGGUCCACUUGGUGCUACUGGUCCAGGUCUUCAAGGAGAAAAGGGCGAUCAAGGUCCAGUGGGACCUUCAGGACCAAGAGGAGCUCCAGGAAUUGGACUCACUGGACCAAAGGGUAAUCAGGGUCUUCCAGGCGAAGCUGGAGCUCCAGGAGAGAGAGGAGUGGGACAACCAGGACCUAAAGGCGAUCCAGGAGCUGAGGGGUUGCCAGGUUUUCCAGGUCAGCCAGGAGAAGACGGAGCUGCAGGACAGAAGGGUGACCUCGGGUUACCAGGACCCCGGGGACCUGACGGUGCUCCAGGUAAAGGUUCGCCUGGAAACAAGGGAGACAGAGGAGACAGAGGAGCCCGGGGCCUCCCAGGUGCAGUCGGUCCUGUGGGGCCAACGGGGCCAAAGGGAGAAGCAGGAAAUCCAGGUCCUCCAGGAACAACUGGACCCUCGGGUCGAGGAAUACCUGGAGCCAAGGGAGAACCAGGUCCUCAAGGUCCAGCUGGAGCUGUGGGAGAACCAGGACGAGGUUUUUCUGGACCUAAAGGCGACAGAGGCUCACCUGGUUCUGUUGGUUCACCUGGGGUCAAAGGUGAAGGUUUUCCUGGUCUCCCUGGUCUUCCAGGACCUCCAGGUCUGCUGGGAGAGACCGGAUCAGACGGUGUUGGUUUACCAGGACCAAAGGGAGACCGGGGUUUGCCUGGACCUGCUGGACCUGCAGGACCUCCAGGACUCGGUCUGAUUGGUGCAAAGGGUUCAGGAGGACAGACGGGACCAGUGGGUCCUCCAGGUUUACCUGGGGAAGGAAUUCAAGGAUCAAAGGGGGAGCCUGGAUUUCCUGGGAUUCCCGGUCCUCGAGGUCCUCCAGGACAAGGUCUGCAGGGAGACAAGGGCGAUCGAGGGUACAGAGGUGAGAAAGGCUUAAAGGGAGACAGAGGAGAAUCUGGAGAACCAGGAACCGCCGGAGCUACGGGUCGACUGGGAGAGAAGGGAGAACCAGGACUCACAAGAGAUGAAGUCAUUAAAAUAGUGAGAUCCAUCUGCAGUUGUGGAGUGAGCUGCCGUCAAACACCGCUGGAGCUGGUUUUCGUGAUCGACAGUUCAGAGAGCGUCGGCCCCGACAACUUCAACGUGAUCAAGGACUUCGUGAACGCCCUGAUCGACCGCGCCUCGGUCAGCAGAGACACCACGCGGGUGGGCGUGGUCCUCUACAGCCACAUCAACACGGUGGUGGUCAGCCUGGAGCAGGAGGCCUCGCGGGACGAGAUCAAGUCCGCCGUGCGCUCCAUGACCUACAUGGGCGAGGGCACGUUCACCGGCAGCGCCAUCCACCGGGCCGGCCAGGUGUUCCGCGCCGCGCGGCCAGGCGUGAGGAAGGUGGCCAUCGUCAUCACAGACGGUCAGGCGGACAGGAGGGACGCCGUCAGUCUGGAGAAGGCGGUGACAGAAGCUCAGGGAAGCGACGUAGAGAUGUUUGUCAUCGGCGUGUUGAACAAGAGCGACCCGCUGUACGAGGAGUUCAAGAAGGAGCUCAACCUCAUGGCCUCUGACCCCGACAGUCAACACGUUUACCUGAUCGAUGACUUCAAAACUCUGCCAGCUCUGGAGAAGAAGCUGCUGAGUCACAUCUGUGAGGACGGAGACAGACGACUCUUCAGCUCCGUCCCGAGCUCUGGAUUAGCUCCGGGAUUCCACGAGGUCUCUGGGAACGUCAGGGAACCUCCGUACAGGACGGACACGGACACGCCCACUUUCACCGGAGACGUCAGGAGAGUUCACAUGCUGCCCGGUCCUCCAGGUUCUCACCUGCAUAGAGAACCUGUGUCUCCACAGAAACCUGAUCCUGACACCAGAACCUCCACAGACUCUCACAUAAUCCCACUGUUUGACCCGGAGCUUUUCAGACCAGUGACAGAGGAGAAGAGGACUCCGGCGCCACCUGUGGUGGAGAGCGGAGCAGCAGCAGCUGGAGUAGCUCGUCCAACUCUGAAGGUCCCGACCGAGGAGAAGACGCCGCUGUUGACCUCUGACACCUACGCCUCAGUCCCUGCAGCCGAGCGGUGCAGUCAGAUCCUGGACCCCGGUCCGUGUCGGGACUACGUGGUGAGGUGGUACUACGACGCCACGGCCAACUCCUGCGCUCAGUUCUGGUUCGGAGGCUGCAGAGGAAACAGUAACCAGUUUGAGAGCGAGAGCGUGUGCAGAGAAAACUGCGUCAAAGCCUGAAAACAACGAGGAAAAGAACAGAAUCAGACAGAGAUUAUUCACCUUUUUAAAUCAGAGAGAUUCAUGUGUUCAUAAUGUGAAACUAAGCCUUAAAGCAACACUGUUUUUUUACCGUUAUUAAUCACUGACUUGUUGCCUGAACCUGUGACUCUGUCAAAGCUGUGAGCGCCCCCUACUGUCUGCACUGAAAGCUUUAUUUUACUAGGAAACAUCAAACGUCAAACUUGUUGACUUUAGUUUGAAUAAAUAACACGUUUUCGGUUUUAUUUUACAUUUGUCGGCCAAAUAAGACACAAACAUGGCCGCCAGCAGCGACACAUUUUAACCACUUAAAUUAAAAGACUCUACGUCAGAUUAUAUCUACGAUAUCUUCAGAACAUGUUCACGUCUUUAUCUCGCUGCGAGACAGACUUUUGUAAACCACUCACUCUCCCACACCAAAGUCCAUAGAGAAAACCAGUGAUUUUAAGACGUCAUAGACUUAAACUGAUGUAGAUUUUAAGAGUUAAGUCUUUUCAGAGUUCAGUGUGUCUGAAUAAAUAUUUUUGUACAGUGUAAAACAUGUACUUGCUUUUUAAAUCAGAAACUCACAAAAACAAGUUAUUCUUUUCCCAGACUCAUACAAUGUUUAAGGCUGCAGGGGGCGCUGUUGCUCAGGCAAACGUUACAUAGUGUUGCAUUGAUGUAGAUGUACUGUAUUAUGUUACUUACAGUGUUGAGCAGGUGAGUAAAAAAAGUCUGUUUUACCCACUGAUUUUUUUUUCUAUUUUGGAAAUGUGUUUUUUUUACUUGAUUUUCUAACAUUUUUAUGUUUGUUUAUAAUAAUGUGUAAACAAAGCAAAUAAAGUGGUCAGUCACAUAAACGUGAGAUUAAA